GGUUUUUAACGUGCAGCUGAUGGAGAAACACACGUACACACUCUUUCACACACCCUCACACACACUCGGAGGACAGGUGGAGGUUUGGACAGGUAGACAGCAGGAGAGAGAGAGAGUACACACAGCGGAGCCCACUUUACCUGCAGCUCAGGUGCAAGAGGGGAGAGGCAGCAGGCUGGAGCCGCAGAGAGUCGAGGGAGCCCCCUCACCUGCAAACAUGUACGUCAGUUACCUGCAGCUGGAUAAGGACCCCGCCAUGUACCCCCACCAGACCUCCGUCACCCGACACCCGGGCCUCAGCCUCAGUCCGCAGAACUUCGUCCCCGGCCCGCCGCAGUACUCAGACUUCGCCGGUUAUCACCACCACCACCCAGGCCUCAACAGCGACCUCCACCCGGGGCAGCAGGCCGGGCCGGGCGGCGGCGGCUGGAGCCCGGCAUACCCGCCUCCUCCGCCCGCCCGGGAUGAGUGGUCCUCGCAUCACUACGCUGCUGCUGCCGCGGCCGCCGCAGCCGGGGGGGCUCCUACCGCCUCCCACGGAUCAGUGGGUCCCACGCUCGGGUUUAGCCCUCCAGAGUUCCCCGGACAACCACCCGCGCUGUUGCCCGCCUCCCUGAACGCGUCUGCGGGGCAGCUGUCCCCCGGAUCCCCGCAGAGGAGGAAUCCGUACGACUGGAUUCGACGCAACUCCAUACCGCCCACCAACCCGAAUGGGAAGACGCGGACCAAAGACAAGUACCGGGUGGUUUACACUGACCACCAGCGGCUGGAGCUGGAGAAGGAGUUUCACUACAGCAAGUACAUCACCAUCAGGAGGAAGGCGGAGCUCGCCUCAGCGCUCAGCCUAUCAGAGAGACAGGUGAAGAUCUGGUUUCAAAACCGGCGGGCAAAGGAGCGAAAGAUCACCAAGAAGAAGCUCCAGCAGCCGGCUUCUUCCACAACCACGCCAAACCCUGCAACUGGCACCAACGGCAACAGUGGAGGAGGAGGUGGUAGCAGUGGCGGGCUUCAUGGAAAUGGGGGUAGCAGUGUGGGCAUGGUGACAAGCAGCAGUGGAAGCAACGGGCUGGUUUCACCUUCCUCUCUACCUUUGAACAUAAAAGAGGAGUACUAAGAAUGAAGGGGAAAGUCAUUUUAUCAGACGAUGAUAUCGGGGAUAAGGACUAAAAAAUGUUCCCCAAUGAACUUAAAGACUAUUUGCAUCGCGCCUGACCACCUGCUGGCUUAAGCUUGUUGAAAAUUGGAAAACAUGUUAAAAAGAAGGAGCAAUUCUUCUUCCCUCGUCAGACUGUUGUUGAAACUCUUAAAGUGAUCAGAUGGGUGCUUGCUGGGAUGCCGUCAGUCCACCACGGGGCCCUUUUCUUCACCCAGCUUAAUCCACUGCAACAUGCUUAUUCCAAAUAUUUCAAAGAAUGUUUAAAAUUAUGCACAAAAGAUGUCAGACUUUUCCAUUUGAUGGAACUGAUGCGGCCACGAAAAACAUGUUGUGGCCUUGAAUAUUUCCCUCCAUGUAAACCUUAUUGAGCUCAGUGAGAGCUGCAAAUAUUAAACCCUGCUGUCAGACAGUGUGGGAAAGAUGUUUUUUUUUUUUUUAACUUUAAGGCUACUUAAAAAGGGUUUGCAUAUGUGCAUAUUAGAAAAAAAAAGUGUAAUGAUUUUCAUUAAGAAAUGUUUUCUCAACCCUGAGGACAAUAAAACCCGGAGACAGUA